AUGGCCACCAACAUCACCCACCACGCCGGCAUCACCUACCAGGAGCGCGCCCUCGCCCUCGGCGCAAACGGCGCCACGCUCUGGCUCACCGGCCUCUCGGCGUCGGGCAAGAGCACGAUCGCCGUGGCGCUCGAGCGCCGCCUGCUGCACGUCGGCCGCAACGCGUUCCGCCUCGACGGCGACAACGUGCGCUUCGGGCUGAACAAGGACCUCGGCUUCAGCCCCAAGGACCGCGAAGAGAACAUCCGCCGCAUCGCCGAGGUCUCGCUGCUCUUCGCCUCGUCGGCGGCGCUGACGAUCACGUCGUUCAUCUCGCCCUACGCCGCAGACCGCGACCUGGCGCGCGCGCUGCACGCCAAGCACGACCCGCCGCUGCCCUUCAUCGAGGUCUUCAUCGACGCCAGCGUCGAGGAGUGCGAGAAGCGCGACCCCAAGGGCCUGUACAAGAAGGCGCGCGCCGGCGAGAUCAAGGAGUUCACCGGCAUCUCGGCGCCGUACGAGGCGCCCGCGUCGCCCGAGAUCCACGUGCAGGCCGGCUCGACGUCCGUCGACGAGGCCGUCGACCAGAUCAUCAAGUACCUCGUCGCCAAG